AUGAGACCUAUUCUUCUUUCAGGUCACGAACGUGCCCUGACCCAGAUCAAGUUCAACCCCGACGGCGACCUCCUCUUCUCCACGGCCAAGGACCAGCAGAUCUGCGCCUGGUUCUCACACAAUGGCGAACGUCUCGGUACAUACAAGGGACACCAGGGUGCUAUCUGGACUGUCGACGUAGACCCCACCUCGACCAUGAUCGCGAGCGGCAGCGCCGACAACACCAUCCGCCUAUGGGAGAUCAAGACCGGCAAAUGCCUCAAGACUUGGGAAUUCCCGACCGCCGUCAAGCGCGUCGAGUUCACCCCUGACGGUCGCCGCCUGCUGGGUGUGACGGAAAAGCGUAUGGGCCACCUGGGUAGCAUUGUCGUGCUGCCCAUCGAGCUGAGUGUCGACGCUGAGCAGAGCGAUGAGCGCGAUAUGACCAUCGUCUGCGACCAGAGCAAGGCUACCGUCGCUGGCUGGAGUUACCUGAGCAAGUAUAUCAUUGCCGGACACGAGGACGGCUCCGUUUCGCAAUACGAUGGCAAGACCGGCGAACUCAUCGACAACGUUCCCAUCCACGAACUCGACAUGGCAGUGACAGAUCUACAGUGGUCGGCUGACCGCACCUACUUCAUCACAGCUUCGAAGGACAAAACUGCGCGGCUAAUGGCCGCUCGGGACCUCGAGCUCUUGAAGACCUACGUUUCUGACACGCCACUCAACAGCGCAUGCAUUACACCGAAGAAGGAUUAUGUCAUUCUAGGUGGUGGUCAGGCCGCUAUGGACGUCACAACUACUGCUGCACGACAAGGAAAGUUCGAGGCGCGUUUCUACCACAUGAUCUUCGAAGACGAGAUCGGCCGUGUAAGAGGCCACUUCGGACCUCUGAACACAGUAGCGGCAGCCCCGAACGGCAAGAGCUACGCAAGUGGCGGAGAGGACGGCUACGUACGAGUCCACCAUUUCGACAAGGGAUACUUUGACUUCAAGUAUGAGGUCGAGCGCGAGAGAGAAAACAGACUAUAG